UGCGUGUUUAUGUUAUGUGUACUUUCUUUAGUUUGACAACAAAGGAAGAUAAUGAUAGACGGAGCGUGAUUACAAAGGAAAAAAAACAAUCUAAACACUAAAAACGGCAUUGGGUAGAAUAAUGCAUUUAGCCUGGCUAAUGCAAUAUUUACCAUGUCAUUCAAAUGAGCACACACGCGCCAUCCAAGUGUGUUUUUGUUUUCCUUGUUUUUUUUUUGUGCAUUGUAAUUUUCCGUAAUUCCGUUGUCGUUUCUGUCACACAUUGCAUUCGACUUAUCAAUGUAACGAACUAUAAAAUAGAGAAGCGUUCAACCAAAUCGUGCCAAAACGUCUUCGUAAACAUCUGUUCUGUGUUUGUAAUCAGUGAAAAAUUGUUCGACAACUUACCGAAAACAAAACAUUAUUGUAACAAAUUAACUAAAAUUGAAUCGGUUUUGAAACAUCAGCGAAAAAGAAUAAUAAUAAUAGAAAGAAUUGCAAAGUUUUGACAAAAGAAAAAAAAAACAACAAACUUAAUUACAAAGUCUUUGUUCCAUUUAAUAGCAAUUCGAUAAAUGGGCGUCAUUUAUUCGGUCGUUUUGACUGAACAAAUAAGUCAAAAAGAGCCGGAACAAAAGAACCAAAUUUAUGGAUUUGCAAUUUAAAUUGAUCGCGCUUGGUUGAAUUUGUGCUGAUUGUCGUUUUAUUUCGGUGUGCGCUCUCUGCUCUCUUCCUCUUCCUCUCUCUCUCUCUCUCUCUCUCUCGCGGAUACAUACUCUCUGUGCGAAAAUACUCUCUGACACAAACACACAAUGUUUCCUUCGACAUCAUCCGAGGAGACGGAAUCAUUGCUGCCGUCGACAUCGCGACCACAUGAUUAUCAAUCGAUUGGUGAACCCGUGGCUCAAUCGACCCGCAUUUUUGGUGUGCGGCAUUUGCAGGCGUUUUUACUGUUUCUGGGACUGACAUUGGCAUAUGGGAUGCGCGUUAAUCUGUCGGUGGCAAUUGUUGCCAUUACCGAUAAACAUGCCGCCAAUCCGGAAUUCGAGGACCAUAACUGGGAUGAGAAGACCAGAGCAUUAGUUUUGAGCAGUUUCUUUUGGGGCUACGUGAUAACACAGGUACCUGCCGGCCAAUUGGCCCAACGAAUCGGAGCUAAACGAAUUUUAUUGUGGUCAAUGCUUUUAUGUUCAGCACUUACAAUGCUCACACCACUCAGCAUUGCAUAUGGUGGAUGGCAGCUAUUGUGCGCAUUACGUUUAAUCGAGGGACUUUGUCAGGGUGUUAUUUUCCCAUCGACACAUACGCUACUCUCAAAAUGGGCACCGGUAUCGGAACGCGCUCAGUUGGCAACAUACUGUUAUUCCGGCUCACAGUUCGGAACGGUGGUGAUGCUUUCAACUAGUGGCAUUUUGGCAUCUUCAUUUAUGGGAUGGCCAAGUAUUUUCUACAUUUCUGGAUUAGCGUCGGGACUUUGGGCAAUUUUAUGGCUAUUUUUCGGCAGCAAUUCACCGGCAGACUAUAAAUACAUUUCGGCUGAAGAGCGUGAUUUUAUCCAAACAUCGUUGGGUCACACCGAAGUGGAUCCAGAGCAUGAUGAAAAGAAGCAUCGCAAAACACCAUGGGGUGAUAUUUUCAAAUCGAUGCCAUUCUAUGCAUUGGCCAUUGCGCAUUGUGCACACAAUUGGGGAUUCUGGACGUUGCUCACUGAAAUGCCGUCAUACAUGAAAGGCGUUCUCAAGUUUGACAUUAAAAAGAACGCGUUGUUAUCAGCACUGCCUUAUCUAGCAAUGUUGCUGCUCAGCUACUUCUUUAGUUUCUUAUCGGGUAUUCUGGAGCGAAGAAAUUGCGUCCCACUCAAAUACAGUCGCAAAGUGUUCAACACUAUCGGACAUUGGAUUCCAAUGUGCGCACUCGUUGCACUUGGCUAUGUGACGGCAUCGGAAAAAGAUUUGGCCAUUUUCUUGUUGGUCGUCGCCGUUGGAAUCAAUAGCUCCACUUACUUAGGAUUUCAGGUUAACCACAUUGACAUUGCUCCGAACUUUGCCGGCACUUUGAUGGGCUUAACAAAUGCAGCUGCCAAUGUGAUGUCAAUCAUUGCCCCGUUGCUGGUGGGUUUCAUUGUAAAAGACGACACGGAUCCAGGUGAAUGGCGUUCAGUAUUCUGGAUCUCGGCCGGUGUUUAUUUCUUUGGAAAUUUAAUGUUUAUCCUGUUCAGUUCCACGGAAAUUCAAGUGUGGAACGACCCAGAACAUCGUGAUAGACAAAUCCAAGCCAACAAACAUCGACGAAGAAGCAGUUGCUUGGAAGCGCAAGGCGGAUUUUAAAAAGCAAAUCAGUCACAUGGAAUUUAUUCUGAUCUAGCAAUGAUACUGUGUAUCUUAUUGUGUCAUCAUUUUAUUUUCGCUUUUUUCUCGGUUUUGUGUCUGUGUUAAAGUAUUUCUCUCUCUCUAAUGUUCAUUUCUUUUUGUUUCUUUUUCUCUAAUUUAAUUGUAAAUGUCGUUUUGGAUGAGUAUGGAUGCGUGCACGCGAGUGUUGACGUAUGGUUUUGUAGAAAUGUCGCGCCAAGAAACAAGAAAAAACGAAAACAAAACAAAAUAACAUGAUUUUAGUGUGAAGAGAGAAAGACACAAUAUUUUUUUGAAAGCGCCAUCGGCAUUAAAAAAAAAAACAACAGAAACAGCAACAACAACAACAACAAAUCACAACGCGUUCAGGUUUUGUGCGCAAUUUUACGUAUUUAUGCUAACGCAGUAUUAUAUAUUCGAUUGAUGAUUUUGAUGAAUGGAUUUUCCAUCAUCUGAACUAAAGUACAAUAUUGAAGUGAAUUCAAUUGUAUAUAAAUGCUUUACAAUUUAUUAUUUUUAUUUGUAUAUAUGUAUAUCGAAAAAUGUAUUGGAGAACAAAAUAGCAAUUUGUAAUGUGUAUUGGCAACUUAUUUUUUUUUCAUAAAUAGUCCCGAAAUGGGUGAGUGUGAAUGCAUUGGAAGGGUCAGACAUUAAUUUGGUGAUCAAACACCGAAUGCCGUGAGGCUCACACACUUUGCCACACUCAUCCAUAAACGAUUCUAGUUACUCUGAAUACAAAAAAAAAACAGUCGUUUAAUUAUAAAUAAUUACUGCAGCCAAAAACAAUCGUGAGGUAAAACAUUCCAUAGAUAUUUUACACUAUCUCCGGUUGUAUGAAAAUGACUCAAGUCGAUUCCUUUUUCUAUGAUAAAUAUUGUACAUUUAUUUAAACUUAUAAAUAAAUACAAACUAAAUAGAUUUUGAA